CUGUGACAAAUGUAGAAUGUACAAACAUGGAGAUUCUAUUAAAACUUCACCUUAUCUAUACACAUUAUACAUACACUUCCUUAAUCAAACAACAACAAUAAAUUUUUUGGUGGAUUCUUGAUUAUGCAAUCUACUUCAAUUACACCAUGGAACACUUACUUCCAUUACAUUCCUAGCAAACUUCCCUCCAGACAUUCCCUUCAUUUCAAGAAAACACUUGUUACUUAUACACACAGUUGUCACCAAGAACAAGAAAAACAUAGUACUAGACAGAAAGAUGUAUAUUGGCAAGAAAUGAACUUUUCUGUUGAAAAAGAGAAACCCCAUUACAGAAAUGAUGUAAAAGAGCAGGGAGUUGAAGUGAUUGUUCGUUCGGGCAUUCGAUCGAAUAGUUGGUGGGCAAGGAUUAAAGCUGCAUUGGGGCAGAGGAUUAAUGUGGAGGGGAUUUCUUUUUCUGUUGGGAUUUUUUAUAAAGACAAGCAUUUGGCAAUCCCACAUGUGUUUGUGCAAGACAUAAGGUAUAUUGAUUGGGCUGAGCUGAAGAGAAGGGGAUUCGAAGGCGUGGUUUUCGAUAAGGACAAUACAAUUACUGUUCCUUACUCUUUGAAUUUGUGGUCUCCUCUUGCUUCAUCAAUGGAACAGUGUAAAUCUUUGUUUGGCAACAACAUUGCUGUUUUUAGCAACUCCGCGGGACUGGCUGAAUAUGAUCCUGAUGGUAGAAAAGCUCGGAUUCUUGAACGUGCAAUCGGAAUUAAAGUCAUUAGACAUAGGUUGAAGAAGCCAGCUGGAACAGCUGAAGAAAUUGAAAGGCAAUUAGGUUGCAAAUCCUCAAGACUUAUUAUGGUGGGUGAUCGGCCUCUCACAGACAUAGUUUAUGGAAACAGAAAUGGUUUUCUUACUAUUUUGACAGCACCGUUAAGUCUCUCACAGGAGCCAUUUAUUGUGAAGCAGGUUCGGAAACUCGAAAUGGCCCUUGUGAACAGAUGGUCUAGUAAAGGGAUAAAACCAAUUAGCCACUGGCUUCUUCCUGAUUGCCAGUAUUGUAUAAAGGAUGAACUACUUUAGUCUUUAGGAAUUAUUUUUUUUGGUGAAGGUGGAAAAGUAUAUGUUAAACAGCCAUCUUUGUUACUACCACUAGA